GCCCUCUUUCAUAACAAAGCAACACAAUCUAUUUUAUAUAAUUAUAUCCAGCCACACCACCAAUUCAAUGUCGGCAAUUGUGUGGUGGCUAGUAACGGCGGCUAUGGUGGCGGUUCACUCGGCCUCCGCCGGAGUUGUAGAAUUAAACUGGGAGGUUGAGUAUAAGCUCUGGUGGCCUGAUUGUAAAGAAGGCAUCGUUAUUGCCAUCAACGGCGAGUUUCCAGGGCCAACGAUUAAUGCUACUGCCGGAGACACAGUCAUCGUCCACGUUACCAACAAACUCUCCACCGAAGGUGUUGUCAUCCACUGGCACGGCAUACGUCAGAAUGGGACUCCAUGGGCAGAUGGAGCAGCAGGUGUAACGCAAUGUCCCAUUAAUCCUGGCGAGACUUUCACUUACAAUUUCAUUGUUGAUAAGGCGGGAACACAUUUCUACCACGGACACUACGGGAUGCAGAGAUCAGCGGGACUGUACGGGAUGAUGAUAGUGAGAUCGCCCAAAGAGACAUUACAGUACGAUGGAGAGUUUAACCUGUUGCUAAGUGAUUGGUGGCACCAAAGCAGUCACGCGCAAGAACUCUAUCUUUCUUCGAGACCUAUGCGUUGGAUCGGGGAGCCUCAGAGUCUGUUGAUCAACGGGAGAGGACAGUUCAACUGUUCACUGGCUGCGUAUUUUAAUAAGGGAGGCUUGGAAGAAUGUAAGUUUAAAGAUAAUGAUGAAUGCGCACCUACAAUUCUGAGGGUCGAGCCUUUGAAAGUUUAUCGUCUUCGGAUCGCUAGCACCACCGCUCUUGCUUCCCUCAACUUAGCCGUUGAAGGACACCAACUAGAAGUCGUUGAAGCCGACGGAAACUACGUCGCUCCGUUCACCGUCAACGACAUUGACAUAUACUCCGGCGAGACCUACUCCGUUCUUCUCCGAACACACAACCCAUCUCCCUCCCGGAAGUACUGGAUCUCCGUCGGCGUUCGCGGCCGUAAACCCAACACAACUCAAGCCCUCACCGUGCUACACUACCCCGACGCUCCCGAACUCCACCACCUCCCUUAUCCCCCGCCGACGACUCCCAGAUGGGACGACUACGACCGGAGCAAAAGCUUCUCCAACAAAAUCUUCGCAGCGAAAGGAUAUCCACCGCCGCCGGAGAGAUCAGACGAGCAGCUCUUCCUCCUCAACACUCAGAACCUCAUGGACAACUACACGAAAUGGGCCAUCAACAACGUCUCGCUAACGGUUCCGGCGACGCCGUACAUCGGAACCAUCAGGUACGGGCUGAAGUCUUUGAGCUACCAGAAACCUCCGGGGAAGGAGAUCGUGAGGGACUACGACGUGAUGAAACCUCCGGUGAAUCCCAACACCACGAAAGGUAACGGAAUCUAUAACUUCCAGCUCGGCCGCGUCGUGGACGUGAUUCUACAGAACGCUAACGUUUUGAACGGUAGAGGCAGUGAGAUCCAUCCGUGGCAUCUCCACGGUCAUGACUUUUGGGUCUUGGGUUACGGCGAAGGGAAGUUCCGGUUAGGUGUUGAUGAGAAGACGUAUAAUCUCAAGAACCCGCCGUUACGGAAUACGGUGGCGUUGUAUCCGUACGGAUGGACGGCGUUGAGAUUUGUAACGGACAAUCCUGGGGUUUGGUUUUUUCAUUGUCACAUUGAACCGCAUUUGCAUAUGGGUAUGGGUGUGGUUUUCGCCGAGGGAGUAGACCAGAUCGCUAAGAUGAAUAUACCGAACGAGGUGCUCGGUUGUGGUUUAACCAGAGAAUUUCUCAUGAACCGGGGACGCCAUUAAAAACCGGAGCUAUAACCGGUGUCUUCCUAUUACUAGUGUUAGCUGUAUGUUUUAUUAUUUGUGUGUGCUUUUAGUUUUUUUUUUUUUUAUACCUUGGUUUGUUGUCAUUUGUUAGAUCAAAACCAGUACUGAUCAAAACUAAAAAUGUUUUGUUUCAUGAUUAAACUUACUAUCAUUCUGGUUUCGAGUUAAGUGAUGGAAUUUAUUUAACGAAGA